AUCCAUCCAUCCAUCCAUCCAUCCAUUCAUCACUCUCUCCUCUCCAAAUUACCCGUCCAGCUCAUAUUCAAAUAAUGAAUUCCUUUGACUUUUCUCAUCACUCCCAUAGACGAUAUAAUCCCUUAACAAACUCAUGGGUCCUUUGUUCUCCACACCGAACUCAGCGUCCGUGGCAAGGCAAAGAAGAGGACAGUGACGCGCCUGCUAGGCCAACAUAUGAUCCUCAGUGCUAUCUCUGCCCCAACAACUCGCGCGCCAAUGGAGACAAGAAAAACCCAGAUUAUAAAGACACUUUUAUUUUUGAGAAUGAUUUCCCUGCUGUCCGAGAUGAUCAACCACCUUUAGAUGAUACUUCUGAAGAUGAUAACCCUUUGCUUCAAGUUCAAUCCGUCCGUGGACAAUGCCAUGUUAUCUGCUUUACUCCUAAUCAUGCCAAAACCUUGGCUGAAAUGUCCGAAUCGGAAAUCCUACCUGUGAUCCAUGCGUGGAUCAGCAUCUAUAAAGAUCUUCAAUCCAAGCCAUUUAUCAACCACGUCCAGAUCUUUGAAAACAAGGGUGCUGUCAUGGGAUGCUCCAAUCCGCACCCACAUGGACAGGUUUGGGCUACAGAAGAUAUUCCUCAAGAGACCAGUCAGGAAUUAGUCAAUAUGAAGGCCUAUCAAGCUAAACAUCACCGAUGCUUGCUUUGUGAUUAUGUCAAUACAGAAAAGAAAGCUGAUCUUGCAGCAAAAAACAUAUCAGAAGCAGGAGCAGCAGCGACAACAGCAACUACAACGUCCAACACGAGGACCCCACAGGGAUCACGCAUUAUUUGUGAGAAUGACAGCUUCAUAUGUGUCGUUCCAUUCUGGGCUAUUUGGCCCUUUGAGACCCUCAUCAUCUCCAAAUCCCACGCCCCACGCCUCUCUGAUCUAUCAACCACAGAACAACAGGAUUUAGCCAAUAUCCUACGAAGGAUAACUUGCAGAUACGAUAAUCUCUUCCGAUGCUCCUUCCCAUACUCAAUGGGGAUCCAUCAAUCCCCAACGGGUGACAAUAAGGAAUUCGAGACUUUGUCCCAUUUACACUUGCACUUUUAUCCGCCUCUGCUUAGAAGUGCCACAGUCAAGAAGUUUCUUGUGGGGUUCGAGCUCCUUGCUCAAGCCCAGCGUGAUCUCACGCCCGAACAAGCUGCGGCGCGAUUGGCUGAUUGUUCAGAAGUCCAUUAUAUGGCUUCAUGAAAUCAUUUCAUUUGUCAUAAACAAGUAGAGUAAAUAAAUUAUUAAAAAAACUUCGGAUCUCUGGUUUGCUUACUGCAACCUCACUCGCUUUCAUCCCAAGAGACAAUAAGCACGACCAAGAACCCCCCAUCUUCCCUAUUAAUGCCGGCAACCUUAGGGUCGGUGAAUAUCACUGAUUUAACACUAAUUUACUAGAGCUGUUGAAAC